GACUUAUACAUUGCCGUUGCUACCUUGAUUCGUUACAGUUGACUGACUGUCAAAACUCAAAGUUUUGUGUCUCUUACAAAUACCGCACACGGCACGACAGAAGACUGCCUUAUCCCCACACAUUCUCACGUCGAAAUGGGAUACCAGGCUGACCUUCCGCCGCCCGGCCCAGUCGUUGGUCCCGGAAGCCUCUUCCUGAUUGCUGUGACCAUUGUUGUUUUCAUUCUUCCGAUCCUUAUUUACCUCCCACCGACUCUGCCUUCGGUGACGGAGGCACUCCUUCAAACACAUAGCAAGUUAGGCCUGGAUGACUCACAACGCCGACUGCCCAGGCACUCAGGAAGAGACAACAAAGCAAACAUUGAGGGUCCAGGAAGAAUUCAGAGCUUAUGGAUCUUCCCGGUAAAAUCCUGCAAAGGCAUUGAGGUACUUGAGAGCAAAGUUGUACCUGCCGGUCUCGAAUACGACCGCCUCUACACUUUCGCUCAGCUCAAGAGUCCGUUCCCGGUCGGGCUCGACACCCUGGAUGAGACAAAGCAGGAGCAUUCGUGGCAGUUCAUCUCGCAGAGAGAGUUUCCCCGUCUUGCCACCGUCAGUGUGGAUCUCUAUGUUCCUGAUAUCCGCAAGGCGCGAGGAGGAGGCCAGCAGCUAUUGUCUGGAGACAGCAACGACAAGUCCACUUCUCUGGGAGACUCAUUUAUUGUCAUCCGCUUCCCUUGGCAGGAGCUAGGGCUGCGCGGCACGCUGGCGUGGCUGGGCGCAAAACUCUCACGUGGGCUUCGUGCUGUACCCGAGAAAGAAAUCGUGCUCCCUGUCUCAUUUCCUUCAAAUGGGGAGAUCGAGGCCAGGAAAUACACAUGGGAGCCGGUGAAGAUCUGGCGGGAUACGGUCACUGCGCUCAACAUGGAGGCGGACCUACCUCGGGAGUUGAGGCUGCACUUGGGAGUGAGUAACAGGCUCGGCUUAUUUCGCGUCGACCCGUCCCGAUUACGGGAGGUGUAUCGAAAUGCGCCAAAAAAGGAGGAGGCCGGCUAUCAGCCCGUUACCGGCUGGCAGGAUGCGUAUCCCGUGCAUAUGCUCAACCUCUCAAGCGUUCAAGAUUUAGACGCCAAAAUCAACAAGGAUGACAGCCUCAAAUCACUCGACCCAUUGAGGUUUCGAGCCAACAUCAUAGUGGACGGUGUCGAAGCCUACGAAGAAGAAACCUGGAAGACAAUCCGCUUCAAUCCUGAACCUUCCAAUAAAAGACAUGACAAGACCCAUUUUCACAUAUCUUGCCGAACCGUACGCUGCAAAAUGCCCAACGUAGAUCAAGACACGGGUUUCCGUCAUCCUGCCGAGCCGGACCGAUCCCUCCGAAAGUACAGAGACGUAGAUCCGGGGAUUAAGGGCGUCGGCAGUCUCGGCAUGCAGCUGACCCCUUUAUUCUGUGACCCUACUUCCGAUGUCGAAGGAGUUGAUCCCGAUAACAUGGUGAUGGAAAGUUGGGUCGAAGUCGGUAUGAGUGUCGAGGUGCUGAGCAGGGGGCCUCAUCGGUAUGUGAGGAUGUAUGAGAGUGACAGGCCGGAUAUCUGAAACAGAAAAUCAUUACAGCACUGGGUCUAGGCGGUUAAGCAACGUAUACCAACGGGUAUGGCGGAAAUACCGUCGCUAUCCAGGAGUGCAUCAGUGGGUAAACUUGGACUGUAAGAAUAGAGAAUAGGAACACUCCCGAACAUGAAAAUCAGCGAGAUUAGGUCAAGGCUAGUACAUAAGCGUAGCUUCCAUGUGUCAGCUAGAUGACCGCACGCCAGAAUGCCCCAAGU